CCUACUGCUCCCUCAAACGCAGUUUCCCAUGGUCCCUCCAGCUCCCCAGCUCCACCUCUAGUUUUUUUGAUAUCCAAAUCUCUUUUAACCAAUCUCAUUUUUAACUUUUUUGUGUUUGUGAUUAAAAGUGGCCCUCAACCAUCUUUUUCUUGAUGCAUUUAACAAGAAUUCCAAGUGCAUAUUCAUUUGGUAUAAGAAACCACUGAAGGCUAAAUCGAAGAGAUUGGAGAUUUUUUUCAAGGGUGGUUGCCCUUCUCGGUAUCUUCUUAGCCUUUGAUUUCUUCUCUCCUCUUCUCUUCUUCAGUUUUAUAGAUUGGUUGUCUUGGUCCAAAGUAUCCGAAGAUUUGUUUAUAGAUGGUCAAGCUGGCAACUUGAUUGUUUAGUGCAGUUUGUCAACAAAUGAAAUUUCUGGGGAAACUGCUGCACUCAGAAAAAUAAAUGGUUUUUAAUGACUUGGAGAUGUCAAUCGGCAAGCAUUCUGCAUAUUUUAGGGCCAUUUACUCCAUUACUCCAAGGGCUGGAAAAACCAAGGGCCAUUUACUCCAUUAGAAAGACAUAGCUGAAGUAGCAGCAAUGAGUUCUCCUGGGAUUCAACAUAUCUCACAAUGUUUUAUCAAACCAAAAAACACACCAGAAGAGGCAAAGCAACCGAUUUACUUGUCACAGUGGGAUCUAGCAAUGGCUUGCGCCAACUACAUUCAGAAGGGCCUUCUUUUUGCCAAGCCUCCAGCUUUCGACCGUGAAAACCAGAUGGAGGACCUCCUGGAGAAGCUCAAGGAAUCUCUUGCUCUCGCCCUGGAUCAUUUCUAUCCAUUAGCUGGUCAUCUUGCAACUUUGAAACAAGAAAAUCCCCCAAUUUACUCCAUCUAUGUUGAUUGCACCAAUAGUCCUGGGGCAAGAUUUGUUCAUGCAUCCUUGAACUCGACCAUCGAUGAUAUUAUUUCACCAAUUGACGUCCCAAAAAUUGUUCAAUCAUUCUUUGAUCAUGACAGGGCUAUCAACCAUGACGGUCACACCAGGCCUUUGCUGACCAUUCAAGUCACCGAGUUAAUUGAUGGCAUCUUUAUUGGUUGCUCUGCCAAUCAUAUGAUUGUUGAUGGGACAUCCUAUUGGCAUUUCUUCAACACAUGGUCCGAGAUCUUCAAUGCCAAGGGGCAAAAGAUAGCGAUCUCAAGACCACCUAUCCACAAGCGCUGGUUUCUUGAGGGGCAUGGUCCAAUUCUUAGCCUUCCAUUCACCCACCAUGAUCAAUUCGUACGAAGACACGAGGCACCACAAAUGAGGGAAAGAGUUUUCCAUUUCUCAUCAGAGUCAUUGGCUAAAGUGAAAGCUAAAGCAAAUGCUGAAUCUGACACCACCAAGAUUUCUUCAUUCCAAGCAUUGUCAGCUCAUGUCUGGAGGUGCAUCACAAGGACUCGAAAUUUGCCACCUGAUCAGGAAACAAGCUGUAUGAUGGCAAUCAAUAACAGGACAAGGUUAUGUCCGCCUGUGCCUCAGGAAUAUGUAGGUAACUGUAUUCAGGCGGUGAGAGCAACUGCUGCAGCUGGUGAGUUGCUUGAUCGCGGGCUCGGAUGGUCUUCCUCGAAAUUGCAUCUGGCAGUGCACAACCAUACAGAUGAAAUUGUACGCAACUGGGUUGAAUCAUGGCUGCAAUCGCCCGUCAUUUACCAAGCGGCUGAGCUCAUUGAUCCUUGCAGCGUAUUGAUCGGAAGUUCUCCAAGGUUCAACAUGUAUGGCAAUGAAUUUGGCCUAGGGAAAGCAGUAGCAAUUCGUAGUGGUUAUGCAAACAAGUUCGAUGGGAAAGUUUCCUCAUUUCCGGGAAUCGAAGGAAGUGGAAGCAUUGACUUGGAGAUAUGCCUUCGACCACAUUCCAUGAGUCUUCUUGAGUCUGAUGAGGAGUUCAUGGGGGCUGUCACUUUAUCAAGCUCAAGGGACUAAUCUUGGAGUUCCUUCAGUGUUUAAAAACAUUCAGAUCAAAUCUUGGUUUCUGCCUUAAUGCCUUUGUUGAAAUAAUUCUUGAAUGGAAGUAUCAAUUUUAAUUUAAAAUUUUGUUUAUAAGUUCCAACUCGUUUUAGUACUAAUCAUUGGAUUUCCUAAAUGAAGGCAGAGGAGAAACAGCGAUUACGUUGAGAAUUCGCCUCAAUACCUGCCUUUCCCUUC